CUUUUUUAUUUGUGGUGUUACUAACGUGACAAAGGCCAGUGAGUGAUGGGUAAUCUUGCCCUUUUGAGUGUAUUUAUUUAGCAACAAUAAUUUUGAUUAAUUUAUUAAAAACUGAAUAUUGUAUCAACAUGUGCAGUAUCGGUGAAGAUGAUUUCGGCGACGAAGGCGGUUUACAUGCGAUGAAAGAAGAAUCACCAGCUCCCAGUACCUCGAGCUCAAUAAAAGACGAAUAUUGCCGUAAAUGCAAUGAGAAGCAAGCUGUACUUAAGCUACACCUGAAGGAACCCCAGUGUCGUGACUGUUUUCUGAAUUACGUUCGCCAUAAAUUCCGAGCUGCGCUCGGUUCAACUAAAAUUGUACGACGAGGUUCAAAAGUUCUAAUUGUAUUCAGUGGAACCCGCGAGAAUGUAAUUAUGUUAGAUAUGAUUCGUUAUGGAUUGCAGCAAGAUUCGUUUAAAAAAUUGAGAAUCGAUCCUGUUGUCCUCUUCGUCAGCGAGGAUUAUUUGGUGCCCAUCACACAGUCGCAAAAGAUCGAGGAAAAAUUAGCCGUAUUAAAACAAUUCAACUUUCCAUCUUACAUGACUGUCCUCGGAGGACUUGAAUGCUACAGUUUGAACGAUGGCAUUGCGCUGGAACGUUUUGAAGAUACUCAGAAAAAGCUCCAAAAAGUUUUGGAUGGAAUUAAAAGCAUCACAUCUAAGCAGGAUUUUCUAGAACAAGUAAGAAAGCAGACUUACAAAACCAUUGCAAAAAAACUCGAAUGCGGUUACAUCUUUUUAUCGGACAUUGGUAUAGAUCUCGCCAAAACGCUUCUCUCGAAUGUUGCCCUAGGAAGAGGUCGAUCGAUGGCUUCUGACAUUGCAUUCUGUGACGAUAGGGAUGAAAACCGGAAAAUAAUUAGACCCAUGCGAGACUUGAACCCGGAUGAAAUAGAAAACUAUUUAUCUUUUUCGGAGAAUCAACUCUCCUAUAUUACAUUGGAAGAUCCGUUCAAAGAUUUGUCUAGUCUCCAGAAUAUAACUAGCAAAUUUAUUGAUAAUCUACAGAAAAGUUUUCCAUCGACGGUAUCCACGGUGUUUCGAACUGGAGAUAAGCUAUGUUCACAGCAUGCUUCAGUGAGCCAAUCGAACGAAGAUGAGGAUUUACUAAAGUUGUUUGAUAAAUCAUCGCAAAUAGACGACCCCGUUGACCCACCGACAAGAUGUAAAUUCUGUCACUCAUCUUUAGAUUUUCAUGGAUCCAGCACACUGUUUGCCACGGAAUUCUCACGAAUGGUAUCCUCGCGUAUCAAUGUAGAUUUGGCUCAUGAGGAAAUAGUUGAAAGUACGCAGCACAUGGAACAAGAUGCUCUCAAAGCGGUGGAGGGGGAACUAGACACUGACGAAAAGGGAUUGAGCAGUCUUAAGAAACAACUGUGUCACAGUUGCAGAAACAUAUUUUUAGAUUUUUCUGAUGGAUGAUUGUUAUCGGACGAGUUAUAUAGAAAAAGGGAAAUAUUAAAAACAAAAUUGUUGAAACUGUGGCUUAUUUUAA